UAUAUGUCAAAAAUAACAAAAAAUUGAUAGAAUACAAAUUUGAUUGGCUUUUGUUGGUUACAUGCCGUGUAACGAUCAACCUCAAUCAAAUAAGGCUAGUAUUUAAAGGGAUGUGCCACCAUCUAAUCUAGCAACUAACUCCAAGUAAGUUCACCCAAACACUUCAAAACCCGCCAUGGGCAACUCCUCUGCUGACCACUCCGCCGUCGUGCAGCUAGACGCUGACGCCGCUGCGGCCGGCAGAGCUGAGAGGUCCAAGUGGCUGCUGGCCUCCGCCGGCCCUCCGCCGCCUUGGCAGCAACUCCUCAGCUCCGUAAAGGAGACCCUUCUACCUCACCCCAAAACGAAGCAACAUCGCCCAAAUCAGUUACUUCUCUUCUUGCAAUCCCUCUUUCCAAUACUUAAAUGGGGAAAGAAUUAUAAAGCUGCAAUGUUCAAAAAUGAUUUCUUGGCUGGCUUGACUCUUGCCAGCCUCUGCAUUCCUCAGAGUAUUGGAUAUGCUAAUCUGGCUAAAAUGGAUCCACAAUACGGCCUAUACACGAGUGUUGUUCCGCCAUUGAUAUAUGCUGUAAUGGGGAGUUCGAGGGAGAUCGCCAUCGGUCCGGUGGCGGUGGUGUCGCUGCUGCUCUCUGCGAUGGUCUCCAAAGUGGUGGACCCUACCGCCGAUCCCACGGCCUAUCGACGGACUGUUUUCACCGUCACCUUCUUCACCGGCGCCUUCCAGGCGCUCUUCGGAAUAUUCCGGCUGGGAUUUCUGGUGGAUUUUUUGUCACAUGCUGCGAUUGUAGGAUUCAUGGGAGGCGCAGCCAUUGUGAUUGGCCUCCAACAGUUGAAGGGAUUGCUCGGAAUCACCCAUUUCACAUCCAAAACUGAUGUCGUGUCCGUGCUUGCUGCUGUCGUCAAAGCACUUCAUCAACAAUGGUAUCCAUUGAAUUCUGUCCUCGGCUGUUCAUUCUUGAUCUUCAUCCUAAUCACCCGAUUCAUCGGCCAAAGGAAGAAGAAACUGUUCUGGCUGCCGGCGACGGCGCCGCUAUUCUCAGUGAUACUAUCCACCUUAAUAGUGUACUUGAGCGAAGCCGAAAAGCACGGCAUCAAAAUCGUGAAACACUUGAAAGGAGGGCUGAAUCCCACCUCACUCCACCAGCUAGACUUCGGAGGCCAACAUGUCGGAGAAGCCGCCAAAAUCGGAUUAAUAUGCGCCCUUAUAGCCCUCACUGAAGCGAUUGCUGUGGGGAGAUCGUUCGCUUCGAUGAAAGGAUACCACCUGGAUGGGAACAAGGAAAUGGUGGCCAUGGGAGCCAUGAACCUAGUUGGAUCUCUAACGUCAUGCUACACAGCCACUGGUUCAUUUUCAAGAACGGCUGUAAAUUACAGCGCAGGGUGUGAAACAGUGAUAUCUAACAUUGUGAUGUCUGUGACUGUGUUGAUAUGCCUUGUCUUUUUCACGAAGCUGUUGUAUUACACUCCUCUGGCGAUUCUGGCUUCCAUAAUCUUGUCGGCUCUGCCCGGAUUGAUCGAUCUCAACGAGGGCUAUAACAUUUGGAAGGUCGAUAAGUUGGAUUUCAUGGUCUGCCUCUCUGCCUUCUUCGGCGUUCUCUUCGGUUCCGUCGAAAUCGGCCUCCUUGUAGCGGUGAUAAUGUCAUUUGGGAAGGUAAUAAUAAUAUCUAUAAAACCAAGCACAGAAGAAGUAGGGAGAGUUCCAGGGACAGACAUAUUCUGUAACAUACUAGAAUAUCCUGUGGCCAUCAAACUUCCCGGCCUCUUAAUCACCCGGAUUACUUCUGCAACUUUCUGCUUUGCCAAUGCCAGUUUCAUCCGAGAAAGGAUUUUGAAGUCGGUAAAAGAUGAAAAUAAUAUUGAAGAAAUCGCCAAAGGACGGCUUUGUGUAUUCAUCCUCGAUAUGACUAAUGUGAUGAAUAUCGACACUUCGGGUAUUCAUGCGCUAGAAGAAGUGCACAAGAAACUCAAUGCAAGAGGACUACAAUUAGCAGUGGUGAAUCCGAAGUGGCAAGUAAUUACGAAGAUGAAGGCAGCAAAAUUGAUAGAUAAAAUUGGUGCAGAAUGGGUUUUUCUGUCUGUAGGCGACGCUGUGGAGGCGUCGCUUCGUCUCAAAAUCAAUGGUCUCAAUUGUUGUUAAUUAAUUAGUGAGCUUAAUUAUUUGUGAUUGAAUAAAUUAAGUUGAUAAUCUAGCUGCUACGUUUAGGUCCUGCAUUUUAUCAAGUAAAUUAAUGCCGGCAUAAAAAUGUAACAGCGAAAAUUAUCAUGAAUCAUUGAUCAUUGUAAAAUACCCUCCUGUAAUCAGUUUGUGUGAAGGAUAUUACUUUUUUUUUUU